GUCAAUGUCGUUCGAGAUGUGAGUGAGCUUCAGCUUCAAUCUAAAAUAUAUUUGCAUUGUAUAAAAGUGUUUGCUGUGUAGAAAAAUCGAUUUGUAUUUCAUUUUAAAACUUAUACUUCAAAAAAUUACGAUGUUUCGUUUUAUAAUUGCAAUAUUGUUAAUAAAUACGUGCUAUCGUAGUUUAGGCAAUCCAAUCGGUACCCACAUAACUGUAUACUCAAUAGAUAAUUCCCUCAAAGCUCUUGCAAACCGCUGCGAAAACCAGUUUCUUGUAUCACAAAUCAAGGAGAAGAUUUCGGAAUGCAAUUUCACUGUGCCGCCGUUAAAAAUUAAAGAGAUGCAAUGCUUAAUUUUUUAUGAUAUAAAUACCCAGCUUUGUGACGCAAUUGGAAGUUCAAAUUUAAAACAGCAAAACGAUUUAAUAAACAAUAUGCAGAACGUAAUUAAUUUAGACUCAAUGUGCACAGAUAUUACUAAAGACUGGAAAUUUACAAAUUUUAGUGACAUACCUUUGUAUAAAAAGGUAGCGGAAGAUGUUUUUAAUAAUAAAAAGCGAUGUGACAAGGUAUGUGAAGUGGCAGACAUUACGAGUGAUGACAGCAACAACUUUUGUAAAUAUUACAAAUGGGGGUCAGACACAUUAAAAAUAAUUCAAGCAAGUGUUCACAGCUCACAAAUUAAAUCUGCAAGUAAUGUGAUAGUUCCUGCAGUUCCUGUUGUUACUAGUACGGACACAAAGGUUGCUGAACCUGUUAUUGCUAACACCACAGUUAUUUCCACUACUAAAAAUAAUAUUCCGAGCUCAAAUGAUGAAACAAAAGUUGUCAAUGCUGUCAAGCCUGAAACAACUGGAACAAACAUUGUUAAACCUGACAUCAAAGAACGCAAAGAACCUAAUCCCAAUAUGGUUGAUCAACAUACUAAUUCUGAGCUGACGGCUAUAAAAGUAAAUGAAGGUGUAAAGAAAACAAGUGAACCUAGCAUACCAAAAGUUGAUGAAGGCGUAAAUAAUAGUGAGAAGUCAGUAGUAGCUCAAAAAGAUAAAGUAACAAUUGAAUCGGAGGGCGAAAAACCAUUACUAGAAGAAGAACAACCACCAAAAAAAGUUGAUAUUGAAAAAGAAGAUCAGCUGCUAAACAAUCAGAUGAAAGAUAAAGAUUUUAAUGUUGAUGAUAUUGAAGAUGAUAUGGAUUCAGAAGAAGAUGAAAAGACUGAUCUUCAAGAUAAUUCUGAGAUUAGUAUCGGCCAAGGAGAUAAACAAAAUGUUGAGGAAAAACCAAAGGAUAACUCUAAAAGUAUUGCCCCAAUAAUAACAUCUUAUGCAGAUAAAUCUUCAGGCGAAUUCAUCUCCAAAAUGCCACAAGAUGAGUUUGCAGAAGAUGAUGAUCAUUUCUUCUCAUUUUUCCUAACUGCAGUGAUUAUUGUAGUUCUUCUCUACAUAUUGUAUCAUAACAAGAGCAAAUUUACUAAAGUGAUCCUCGGUCUGAUUGUGGAAGGUCGUCAAACAGGUCGUCGCAGGAACAGUCGUGGUCAUGCGUACCGAAGACUGGAUACGCUGGAGCAAGCUAUGAGUACAAAUAAUCCCGCACCACCUAGUAAAAUUAUAUAUUGAACACUUUUCUACUUUAAUAUUUGCAUAAACUAUUCUCUAGUAAGAGUUGGUAGAAAUAUUUGUAUCUGGCAACACUACUUUUCUACUAUUCUUCAUACAAAAAGUACUAGAUAUUCUAGUUCUUGUCUAUUUAUGAAAUAUGAAUUAGUGGAAAUGUAUUGGAAUUUUUGUGGUCUACUUAAAUAAGACUAGAACUUUUUAAUGUUGAUUAGCGUAGCUUAAAGCUAUCUAUGAACUUUUAACAUCUUAUUAAAAUAGAUAAAGGUGGAUAUACACAUACUGCUUUAAGUUGUGUACAGGUGAACAUUUUAGCAGCAACUAAAUAUUCAGAGAUUUAUAUGUCAAACAUUCACUAUAUCUUGUUUCAAUCUUAACCUUUAACCAUAGACAAGCUGAUACGCUGAAAAUGUUUUUGGUAAAAGAUUUUUUCACAUGACUGUAAUAUUCCAUCCUUUAUCAUUUUAUAUACCAUUUUUUUUUGCAAAAGUAAAUAAUGUUAAUGCCUACUAUUUAUGGAAUUUUCUGUUUACUUUAUUUCGACUGUGGUUUAAAACGAAUACCGAUUGCCCGGAGAAAAUUUUCAACACAGCUGAAAGAAGUCGUGUAUGUCAGCCUUAAGGCGUCAAAAUCGUACGUGUACUUCUUAAUUGAAGUGUUACUCAGUGCGAUUUGUUUCUUUUGCAUAUUUAUUGAGUAUGUAAUCUACUUAUUUACCGAUUUUAUUCACAAUUCUUUAAAUAAUAAACUUCUUAUAAUUCUUCUAAAUUAAUUGUAUCGUCGUGUAUCGUUAUAUUUUUGAUGAGCAAAAGGAACAAUUUGUGGUAAAAUCUGGUCUGAUGUUUUUAGAAUUAAUUUAUUUUAUAAUGGCUGGAAAUUAAAGAUAAAAAAAAUUAAAUGUUAGAUUGAAAUUUUUUUUCCGAUAUAACUUCGUUGGAAAUAUUCUCGAUUUUUUUUUAUUUUAAUAUAUAUAAUAAGCUAUCAUAGUAUAAUUAUUUAAAGAAUUGUGAUCCAAAACUGAUGUUCCUUUUUUAUUUUGACUAAUAUUUGAUUUUGUCAAAAUUUAAAAUAUACAUAAAAUCCUAUUCAUGUUAAAAUAUCUACGCGAUAUUUAAUUGGAUGGAUUCGUGACCAUUUUUUACAAUUCAAAUUUUUGCCAAGUUUUUAACUCUAAGUUAAAUAUUUAAAUUGUAUUAACAAAUUAAAUUAUAAUAAGUACAAUAAUAAGGGUAGAAAUCUUCAUUAUUAUAUUGAAAAACAUUUAAAAAAUAUUUAAUUCACCUUAGCACAUGUAUUAACUCUGAAAUCCAGGUGUUUUUCUAUUUGUGUAUUGUAAUUUUAAGAUUUUUUAUUUAUUUUACAAAAAAAAAAACUAGAUACUUGGAAAAUUUGACUGUCUUGAUUCAAUGUGGAUCUCAAUGUAUGUAGUUAUUUAUCAAAAGUAAAAUUUCUAAAAGAGUU